AGGGCGGUCGUCCGGGGUUAGGUUGGGGGGUGUCGGUCCGUUCAGGGCGGGAGAUGACUCACGGCCCAUCCCAUCUCUCCGACGCCGCCCGCCCGCGCAGAGCUAGCUCCAUGGCUUAGCGGAGGAGGAGGCAGUGGCGAGCGGGGGUGGGGGACUCUUAUUUUGUUAGGGGGACCGGGCCGAGGUCCGACCGGCCUGGCAGGGCUCGCCCGGGGCCGGGCGUCAUGUCUCAUGCAGCCGAGCCAGCUCGGGACGGCGUAGAGGCCAGCGCGGAGGGCCCUCGAGCCGUGUUCGUGCUGUUGGAGGAGCGCAGGCCGGCCGACUCGGCCCAGCUGCUCAGCCUGAACUCUUUGCUUCCGGAAUCCGGGAUUGUUGCUGACAUUGAAUUAGAAAACAUCCUUGAUCCUGACAGUUUCUACGAGCUCAAAAGCCAACCCCUACCCCUACGUUCAAGCCUCCCAAUAUCACUGCAGGCCACACCAGCCACCCCAGCCACUCCAGCUACACUCUCUGCAUCGUCUUCUGCAGGGGGCUCCAGGACCCCUGCCAUGUCAUCAUCUUCUUCGUCGCGUGUCUUGCUGCGACAGCAGCUGAUGCGGGCCCAGGCGCAAGAGCAGGAGAGGCGUGAGCGUCAGGAACAGGCUGCAGCUGCUCCCUUCCCCAGUCCUGCACCUGCCUCUCCUGCCAUCUCUGUGGUUGGCGUUUCUGCUGGGGGCCACACAUUAAGCCGUCCACCCCCUGCUCAGGUGCCUAGGGAGGUGCUUAAGGUGCAGACUCACCUAGAGAACCCAACGCGCUACCACCUGCAGCAGGCACGCCGGCAGCAGGUGAAACAGUACCUGUCUACCACACUUGGGCCCAAGCUGGCUUCCCAGGCCCUCACCCCACCACCAGGGCCCACGAGUGCCCAGCCAUUGCCUGCCCCUGAGACUGCCCACGCUACCGGCCCCACAGGCAGUGCUCCCAACAGUCCCAUGGCACUGCUCACCAUUGGCUCCAGCUCAGAAAAGGAGAUUGAUGAUGUCAUUGAUGAGAUCAUCAGCCUGGAGUCCAGUUACAAUGAUGAGAUGCUCAGCUAUCUGCCCGGAGGCACCGCAGGGCUGCAGCUCCCCAGCACGCUGCCUGUGUCAGGGAAUCUGCUUGAUGUGUACAGCAGUCAGGGCGUGGCCACGCCAGCCAUCACUGUCAGCAACUCCUGCCCAGCUGAGCUGCCCAACAUCAAACGGGAGAUCUCCGAGACUGAGGCAAAGGCCCUUUUGAAGGAACGGCAGAAGAAAGACAAUCACAACCUCAUUGAGCGUCGCAGGCGAUUCAACAUUAACGAUAGGAUCAAAGAGCUGGGCACCCUCAUCCCCAAGUCCAGUGACCCGGAGAUGCGCUGGAACAAGGGCACCAUUCUGAAGGCCUCUGUGGAUUACAUCCGCAAGUUGCAGAAGGAGCAACAGCGCUCCAAAGACCUGGAGAGCCGGCAGCGAUCCCUGGAGCAGGCCAACCGCAGUCUGCAGCUCCGAAUUCAGGAGCUAGAACUGCAAGCUCAGAUCCAUGGUCUGCCGGUACCUCCCACCCCAGGGCUACUCUCCCUGGCCACAACCUCGGCCUCUGACAGUCUCAAGCCAGAGCAGCUGGACAUUGAGGAGGAGAGCAGGCCAGGCACAGUGACGUUUCAUGUAGGGGGGGGAUCUACCCAGAAUGCUCCCCAUCAGCAGCCCCCAGCACCACCCUCGGAUGCCCUUCUGGACCUGCACUUUCCCAGUGAUCACCUGGGGGACCUGGGAGACCCCUUCCACCUGGGGCUGGAGGACAUUCUGAUGGAGGAGGAGGAGGGGGUGGUGGGAGGACUGUCGGGGGGUGCCCUGUCCCCACUGCGGGCUGCCUCUGACCCCCUGCUCUCAUCAGUAUCCCCGGCUGUCUCCAAGGCCAGCAGCCGCCGCAGCAGCUUCAGCAUGGAGGAGGAGUCCUGAUCAGGCCUCACUCCUCCCCUGGGACUUCCCCACCUAGGAAAGGAGGACAAGUCAGGAUGAGGCCCCAUCUUUUCCCCCCGACCCUCCCAUGAGACUGCCCUGCCCAGGUAUUCUGGGGGAAGAGGAGAUGUGAUCAAGCCCCACCCCUGCAAUCAGGCAAGGAGGAGGAGCCAGAUGAGGCCCCACCCCUUCCUCAAAGGAACAGCUCAGUAUAGGUAUUUCAGAGGGAGAAGGUGGUGAGAUCAGGGCCUAUCCCCUGGAGAUCAUGGCCUCAUCCCUACCCUGUGGGACCCUCCCUUGCCCAGAUAAGGGAAGGAGACAAGAUGAGGUCCUGCCCUUGUCCCCUAGGGACUGUCCUAGCCAAGUCUCCUAGGAAAAGGAGGUGUCAGGAUGUUGCUCCAUCCCUUCUCUUAGAACUGCCAGUCUUGUACAUCCUGGCAUGGAAGAGGAGUGAAAAUGAUAGAGGUCCGACCACUGGGGGCUUAAGCCCUGCCCCUUUCCCAUGAACCCUGCCCUGCCCAGGCAAGGAACAGAAGUAAGGAUGAGACCUGGCUCCAGUGGAGGAGCCAGGCCCUGCCUCUUCCCUACAGGAACAGCCCAGUGCAGGUAUUUCAGGUGUGGAGGACUCAGUAAGAUCAGGCUACCCCAUGUAGUGAUCACAGCCCCACCCUUGUCCCUUAGCAACAUCCCAUCCAAGCAUUUCACACUUCAGGGAGGAGUGGUACCUAAGCUCCCCCACCUUAACCUGGGACCAACCUGACCUAACCUAGGAGGGCUCUGAGCCCACCUUGCUCUUGGGGAAAAGGGCAGAUCUUGAAGUCUUGUGGAUUGACUUUCCAGACCUAGAUCUGGCCCCCCACCCUUGGGUAGAGUCCUGCCUUCUUCCUUGAGGGGCAGUUUGCAAAGGUGAUGGAGAUUAGCGGGGACUGAGUCCAAGUUUCAAGAACCAGUAUCCCAGCACUCUUUUUCAAUGUGCAGAGGAACAGGAUGAAGGAAGGGGUUAUUCCCAGGAGUUCCCUAGCCCAGGAGAAAGUGGAAGCCUCCUCCACCCAGGCAGAGGCUUGGAGGAAGGUUUCAGAAGCGUAUUGUACCCCCCUUAUUUGUUUAUCUGAUUUUUUUUAUUGACCCCUAAUCAGAAGUUAGGUCACCCCCAACCUCUGGCCCCCACCCAGUCCCAUUUUAGAGGAAUCCCCCCAUUUCGGAGUUAUCAAGAGAUACUCCCUGCCCAUUCCCAUCCCUCCUACCACCUACACUGAAGGCUGUCAGCUUUGGAUUGCUGGGGCCAGACCCCAAGGAAGGUAUACUGAGGAGUCUGUAGGUUUGUGAUUAAGAUAAUAAAGUGCUAGGCGUGUUUGAAGCGCUUUUAACUUUGGCAAA